CGCCCUGUCAGUCGGUGCGUGCGCGCCGAGCGGGACGGACGCUCCUCGCCGCCGCUCCGCGCUCGCCGCCAUGGCCGACGCCGCCACCCAGUCGCCCUACGUCUCCUCUUCCUCGGCCGCCGGCCAGCCCGAGCCCGGCGUCCCUCACCCCGCGCCGGGGGCCCGGGACUGCAAAGGGGCCGGUUCCCCGUUCUGCGCCGCCCGCGACCUGGUGCUGUGGCGCGACGCCCGCCGCUCGGGCUGGGUGCUGGGCGCCACGCUGCCGCUGCUGCUCUCGCUGGCGGCCUUCAGCGCCGUCAGCGUCGUCGCCCACCUCGUCCUCGCCCUGCUCUCCGUCACCGUCACCUUCCGCGUCUACAAGGCCGUGGUCCAGGCCGUGCAGAAGUCCCAGGAGGGGCACCCGUUCAGGGCCUACCUGGAGCUGGACCUGACGCUCUCGCCCGAGGCCUUCCGCGGGCACGUGGCCGCCGCCGCGGCGCAGGCGACCCGCGCGCUGCGCCUCCUCCUCCGCCUCUUCCUCGUCGAGGACCUGGUGGACUCGCUGAAGCUGGCGGUGGCCAUGUGGCUGAUGACCUACGUGGGCGCCGUCUUCAACGGCAUCACGCUGCUCAUCCUGGCCGAGCUGCUCGCCUUCACCCUGCCGCCCGUCUACGAGAAGUACGAGGCGCAGAUCGACGGCUGCGUGGCCGCGGCCCGCGAGCGCGGCAAGGCGCUGCUGGCGAGCGUCCAGGCGAAGCUCCCGGGCCAGGCUGGGAAGAAGCCGGAAUAGAACCGCCGGCACCGGGAGCGGCACCGGGAGCGGCUCCGGCACCGGCGCCGCCGGGGAGAGCCCGGGUCCGCGACGGUGCCCGCGGCCGCCCCCUCCCUCCCCUCCCCCCCUUGCUCUCGUGGUGGGUUUUUUCCUCGUUCUUUUUUUGUUGGUUUUUUGGGUUUUUUUUUUUUUAAUGUUAUUUUCGACACCGAGGUGAAACGUCUGUAACUGCUGUCAGGAGCCCGCGGAGCGCCGGAGCCGUGCGGGCGGCGCCGGCGCCGACCUCCCGCGGGUCCCCCCCGCCCCUCCGGCGCCGGCGGGCGAGGGGAGCGGGGCGGCCGCGCCGCGAUCCGGGAUCCGGCCCCCCGGCCCCCCGCGCCGGGAUGUGCUGUUAAUAAAAGCCCCGCGCCGGA